AUGGUGGAAAGUGGUAAAACUGUCCGGAACCUAAAGCGACUUCUUUCAGUGCAGGUUGGGUGCUCAAGGUUUCAGCAAAGACUUGUGAGUGACAAAAUUGCCGAAUUGCAGGAUGACAUGCCUUUGAGACCACUGCCAAGUGUACAGCUGAUAGUUCUGCCCUUUUGUGUUCCUGACGAGAUUAUUGAGGAAGAAUUAGUCGAGUACUGUCGGGAGAAUCGCGUGACUCAAGUUGAAAGACUUCUUCAGAAACCGCACAAGCCGAACGGGAAGGCUUUGUUUGUGGCAGCCUUCAACGGUCACUUGGAAGUUGUGCGGCUGUUGCUGGAAGCUGGAGCUGACAAAGAUGCAGCAAGACCAGAUGGGGCAACUUCUUUGGUAAUGGCAGCCUUCAACGGCCACUUGGAAGUUGUUCGAUCAUUGCUUGAGGCUGGAGCUGACAAAGAUGCGGCAACCACAGAUGGGGCAACGGCGUUGUAUAUGGCAGCCCAGAACAACCACUUGGAAGUUGUGCGGCUGUUGCUAGAGGCCGGACCCGACAAAGAUGCGGCAGCAGCGCCCGAUGGGGCAACGGCUUUGGCAAUGGCAGCCUUCAACGGGCACUUGGAAAUUGUUCACUCUUUGCUCGGGGCUGGAGCUGACAAAGAGGCAGCAACGAUGGAUGGGGCAACGGCUUUGUUGGUGGCAGCCCAGAAGAAUCACUUGGAAAUUGUGCGGCUGUUGCUGGAGGCUGGAGCUGACAAAGAUGCAGCAAACAGAUUUGGGGAGACGGUUUUGAUGGUUGCAGCCCAGAAAGGCCACUUGGAAGUUGUUCGCUAUUUGCUUGCUGCUGGAGCUGACACAGAUGCAGCAAAGACAGAUGGGACAACGCCGUUGCUUAUGGCAGCCCAGAACAAUGACCUGGAAAUUGUGCGACUGUUGCUUGAGAUGGGAGCUGACAAAGAUGCAGCAAGAACAGAUGAUGGGGCAACGGCUUUGCUGAUGGCAGCCCUGCACGGUUACUUGGAAGUUGUGCGAUCGUUGCUCGAGGCUGGAGCCGACAAAGAUGCAGCAACGACAGAUGGGACAACGCCGUUGCUUAUGGCAGCCCAGAACAAUGACUUGGAAGUUGUGCGACUGUUGCUUGAGAUGGGAGCUGACAAAGAUACAGCAAGACCAGAUGAUGGGGCAACGGCUUUGCUGAUGGCAGCCCUGCGCGGUUAUUCGGAAGUUGUUCGAUCAUUGCUUGAGGCUGGAGCUGACAAAGAUGCAACAACCACGGGUGGGGCAACGGCGUUGUAUAUGGCAGCCCAGAACAACCACUUGGAAGUUGUGCGGCUGUUGCUCAACGCUGGAGCUUACAAAGAUGCGGUAGCAGCGCCCGAUGGGACAACGGCUUUGAUUAUGGCAGCCUACAACGGCCACUUGGAAGUUGUGCGAUUGUUGCUCGAGGCUGGAGCUAACAAAGACGCAGCAACAACUGACGGGGAAACGGCUUUGUUGGUGGCAGCUCGGAAGAACCACAUGGAAGUUAUGCUCUUGUUGCUUUGCUAA